CAUAAAGAAAUACAUUCAACAUUUUAAAAAAAAGUGUCGAGGGGCUUAUCAAAGUCCUACCCGUGUACAAGGAAGGGAAUGUAAUUCAAACCGUGGGGGGAAGCAGCCUGUGGUAGGAGCGAGGAUGCUGCGCCGCUCUGUAGUGUCACAGUGCGCAUGCGCCCUUUAAAAAAAAAAGAAGAAAAAAAAAGAAAAACGAAGUUCCGCCCCUCCACGUGAAGGCAGAAGCUGGUUGAGCGCGCGCAAACAACAUGCAGUCUGGAAACGUUACAAGCGAACAACGUUAGCGUCAAGUUAUCGCCACUUCGUGGGCAAUCAACUCAACUCGAAUUUCCCACGCUGUGGAAAAAGCAAGCGUGACUGAACAUGGAGCUAUAUAGAGACGAGACUGAGUUUACGGAUCCUCGAAUGGUCCAACAGGUUGUGGAUUUCUUUGGGUCCUGUCCUGGUUUUCAAAAUAUAAUAAGAAUGGGACUUAUUGCGGAUAUGGAAUACGGUGAUGAAGAAAAUGUCACGGAUGAGGAUGAUUAUGUAUAUCAGAGGCUGUCUGACAAGGACUCUGAAAGAAGAGUGAAAUUAUUAGAAGAAAUAAAGAAGGAAAAGGCUGAGAAGAAGCGACACAAAAAGCUGAAUCGAAAGGAGAGACGGCGACUUGAGAAGUUGAAGGAAAAGCAGAAACUUACAAAAUGUGAAAAGGGAAAAGAUGAUUCACAGCAAUCUAAGACAGAGGGGACCAAACCAGUUAAUGAUAAAUCCAAACGCGAUACAAUUUCUAGUGAUGAUGAGUAUGAAUCAGCAAACCAAACAGACAGCAGUGACUGUAGUGAAGACAAAUCCAGCGAUGACGAUAGCAACACCACCAACGACUCGGCCCACUUUGAGGAGCUGGACAUGAACAGCAUGUUUGUGAGCAAAGCGGCUCUCAUAGCCAGGCGUAAACUGGAGCAGAAGCCAGAGACUAAGGAGAAAAAAAAGGCCGUCAAAGUAGAACCUCAAAUGGUCCCCGACAAACUUAAUAAGGACACGGAAGAUGAGCAGAAGGAUUCAGCCGCCCUUGGCAGCCCCACAGCUGGUGAUAAUGUUAAAAUAAGCACUGAUUUUGCAGUUAUUGGAAAUAGGUUUGCAAGUAUUGGAGACUUUAAGAUGGCUGUGAAGUAUUUCACCGACGCAAUUAAGCACAACCCUACAGAGUUUAAGUUGUUUGGCAAUCGUUCCUUCUGUUUUGAAAAGAUGCAAGAAUAUGAGAAGGCGCUGGCUGACGCCGAGCUGUCACUCAGCAUGUUGCCAGGCUGGGUCAAAGGUCUGUUUAGGAGGGGCAGGGCUUUGGCCGGUCUAAAGCGGUACGAGGAGGCCGCUCAGGCCUUCAGGGAAGUCCUCAAAGUGGACGGCUCCUGUGCAGAGGCGGCCCAGGAGCUGAUGCGGGUGCAGAUAACACAACUAAUGGAUUACGGUUUCACGCGGGAGCAGAGCUCAAAUGCUUUAAUUAUUCACGGGACGGUAAAAAAAGCCCAGGAGGUGCUGUCCAAGCUUAACCAGCAACCUGGAGCGAUCCACUCCAAUAGCACCUUCGCACCGGCUCAAGUAGCCGAUGGGUUCGGCGUCUCGUCGGCCCCCGCAGCCAGCGCGCUCCCUGCCCCUCACGCCCACGACUUACCAAAACCAGCGUCUAAGAACAAACCUUUAGGCCCCGUACAGAACGAGCCGAAUGCGCAGAGUCGACCUUUGAAGACCAAUCGAGCCAUACGUCCGCCACAUGAGCUGUUUCCAGUCUGGGUGGGAAACUUGGUUAGCCCGGUCAACGAGUCUGUGAUUACCAGUCUCUUUAGCCAGGUCGGGGAUGUCAGUAGUGUGAAGAUUCUCAGUUUUAAAAGAUGUGCCUUCGUAAACUUUACAAAUCCAGAGCAUUGUUAUGAAGCAAUCAGUCGUUUUCAUGGUUAUGAGCUGAACGGCAUGAGGCUCGCUGUGAGGUUUCCAGAUAGGAUCCCUAAGGGUUUGGGAAUUUCUAGUUCUGCCCUCAUAUCGGAAGAAGAGGGGGAUAUGAGUUACAGGAGGGACGACUUUGGGGAACAGAGGUACACCGUUGGAAGUGGACGACCAAUCCGCGCAUACAGACAAGUCCCCAACGACUACAAAAGCCCCCACGAGUACUGAGAGGAGAAGGAAGACGCCAAUGAAUCUCCCACGCAACCAAAGAAUGAUCACGUGUUAGUAGUAGAGAAAGGAACGUUUAUUUUUUUAAAGUAAAUUGCUUGAUUUAAAGAAAUUAUAGUUUUUUCCCUUUCCGUUCAUAUAAGGAUACCGUGAGGUAUGUGCGCUGAUGGUUCCAGGAGCAAAUUCUCCCAUGUGACAUAAUUGAAACCUGACCGACAUGUAACAGACUUGUUUUAAUCAUCGUAUUAAGCUUUUUAAAUGAUUUACGUUAAGGACAGUUGAUAACACACGAAGGAAUGUUGUAAACUCAAUAUAAAUUACUGUCUAUAAGUAAUCACUUUAUGAUUACUUUAUUACGCAAGUAACUGUUCUUCAUAUAGCUAUUAAAGAUGCUUUCAUAUUAA